GUCACUAGAAUGUGAGCAGCAGAGCCCGGCUGGGAGAGCAAACGGCAGGCGCCUUUGCGGGACUGGGGUCUGAGAGGCUCUGCGCCGCUAAGCCAGAGCGGAUCUCUUCGGCCGGGAGCGCCCGCAAGAUGAGGGUCCAGCUGCUCCUUUGGAUCUGCUUGCUGAUCAUGACUGGCGUGCUCCGGGGCAACGGGCAGAGGCCAGCUAACUUGUCCUUGAGAAGAAAACUUCACCGACAGCACUGUUCCCACAGGAGAUGCAUGCCCCUGCAUUCCAGAGUGCCCUUUCCCUGAGUUUGUGUCCACUGCUGAGAAGAUGAGCCAAGUGGAGGAGGCCAAAUGACAGAAUUCGAUAGCUUCGCAGGUGUUAUCUAUGCAGGUGUCCUAUGAGCCAUCAUCAGGAAGCAUAAAAAAAAACCUUAUCAAGAAGGCUUUGAAACAGCUUCACAGGAGUUUUCAGUUUCUCUAAGCAGGGAGAAAAACAAUGAAGAACAAAGUGACCCUUUCUAGAAGUUCUGGAAAAUCAUCAGUGCAAUAUGAUAGCUAUUCUUCUCUACAUAUCAGUACAGCACUCAAGGAGACAAAAAGCAAACUUUGAACAAUUAUGGGAUCAUUUAAACAACUGUUGGUACAUUAAUGGUGUUAUAGUCAUAUCUUUCACUCAGUUAACACUAACCCCAAGUUCAUAGUAUAGCACAGUAAAAUAUGAAUUGUUCCACAAAUAAAGCAGAUACUGCUUCAUGUUUAGAAUGCACAUUGACUGUUUUAUGGCAUCCAUUAUUCAAACAACCUUCCUGUUAUAAGACUAGAAUGAUACCUUGCUUUGGCUAGGUAGCUAUUUGUUUCCUAGCAGAAAGUUCUUAAAUACUGAUUAACCUCCAAUGUAAUGUCUUAAUGUUGGAACCUUACUUUGGAAUUCCAGGUAAAGCGAUGCUGAUAAGAGUUUUGCUGUUAUCAAAAAGUCCACUUUAAGUCUUCUUCAAAAGUAUUCCUGGGUGUAUUUGUGCUAAUCUUAAUAUGUUUACAAGCAUAUUCUGAGAUUCAAUUAUUUCGUUAUAGCAUGUUUGUAACUGUAUAUGCUGUAAAAAUUGUACUUCAAAUAGCAUUGUCAUUUUAAAUCUUUGUAUAAUUUUUUCAAAUUAUAUUCUGUUCACGGAUAUUAUGCACAUCCAAAGACAAGUGAAGUAUUUGCCUAAUUUGUAAAUUUCAUAAGAAAUCUGUGUAAACUCUUAACAACUUUUAUGGAGUUAAAUAAAAUACAAUUCCAAUCA